GUCUGCUGCGUUCAGCAGCAGCAACCCAGCGACGGCUAACGCAGCUAGCUUGUUCGAAAUGGAUAGGGGUGGUAGGGUUUCGUGGAUGAAAUGUGGGUCUGUGGUGUCCCUGUUUGUAGUUCUUUUGGCUCUCUGGUUCCGGUCUCCUCAGAAUAUGGGACAGGACGACCGGCUGGACACCGUCCUGUCCUCUUUGCUCCGGGCUGAACGCCAAGUCGGAAGGAGCAACAUCGUCAGACCAAGAGUGGCCGUGGGUUUUGGAGGUUGUGUGGACCUGAUAGUGGACGGGGUGUCGCUGCUCAAAAAGAUCAACCUGCCCCAGACAGACCAACCCCUUCAUCAUGACUACUUAGAAAAUGCAGAGCAGCUGGCCCAGAGUUUUGCUUACUUCUUUGCACCAGGAGCUGCCGCAGAGCGUUUUAUGAUAAAUGAUACCCUGUUUAGUGAGCUGGUUGAAGCAUCUCGUGACAUACCUGGUAACAGGUGGGCAGUAGGUGGCAAUGCCCCGGUAAUAGCGAGCCGCCUGGCAAAUGAGGGAUGUGAUGUGUUGCUUGCAGGAAGCUUCAGCCCUGAUCUGACGGAUGUCUUGCCUCAGCACAUUACAGUGGCAGGUAAUGUAGUAGAAGAACCAGACAUUCAUUUGAUCCUAGAGUAUCCAUCUGGCACUAAAUGGGGACACUACACAUCACGUAGAGCCAACAGGUAUAUUAUCCACAGUGAUGCUCAUAAUCCCUACCUCGCUUCCAUGGAAGAUUUUGCCAGGAAACUCAAAGAUUUCAAACCACAACUGUUGGUGGUGGGAGGUCUGCAAAUGAUGGACAACUUCCCCUUCCAGUCAGGUGAACGUGAGGCUCUCCUCUCCCAACUAGCUGCCCUCCUUUCCUCGUCUACUCAGAUUGGCAUUCAUUUUGAGAUGGCCAGUUUUGUAGAUGAGGGUAUAGUUGAAGACCUGCUUCACUACGUCAUCCCUCAAGCGGACUCUUUAGGGAUGAAUGAGCAGGAGCUUCCAAACUUGCUCAGUCUACUCAAAGGCUCCAACAUCACAGUUUUGUCAGACCCAAACCCCCGUGUAGCUACAGUUCUGGAUCAGAUGAGGGAGCUCUAUCACCUUGUCAAUCAGCGAUACAAGGGUACUAAUGUGGCCAGUGCAGAAAGUGACCCAAACGCUGCAAAUGUUGAGGGAAAGCCACUGACCCGGCUCCACGUCCACACGCUGGCCUUUCAGGCCAUGAUCGUAACACACGGCUCUCAGUGGAAGAACACCAUGUCUGCUACAGCAAAGGCAUCGCUCACUGCUAACCGCCAUGUCUGCGGCUCCAAUGACAUUGAUCUCAGCAAAGCCAGGCUUAUCAUGGAUGACUCCUUUUCCAUUAGCCGGCAAGAGGGCAGUCAACGCAUCCGCCUGCAGGAGACCCGCCCCGUCAGCUGCUGGGAUGAAGAGGACUACCAAGUCUGUGUGGCACCGGUGCUUGUGUGCACAGAGGUUUACCAAACAGCAGGUGGCGGGGACAACAUUUCAGCUGCAGGACUAGUCCUGCAGAUCUAGUCAGGGAAAUAAAAUGGUCUACUUGUAGCGCUGACCAGAUUUUUGGCAGAUGGUGUAUCAUGGAAAAUGGACUUGUUGGUGUGACAUGAAAUGCCUUGUGCAAGAAAUGCAGGAUAGUGGUUGGUGUACGGCUCAAGCUGCCAUCCCUACAGCUAACGCACAGGUGCAACAUAAAGUGUGCAUCACAUAUAGGAGUCAGAUGAUGGGGUACUGUGGUUUUUGGUAAUGUCUAGGCCCGCCUUUUUUUUUUUUUUUUUAAUUAAUAAUUUGUGCGUGCAUAUACUCAAAACUGACAGCUGUAUUCAGCCAACCUGAGUAAAUAUGAGAUGGCUUUUAGUUUGAUGACAGUAUCCCACUAAUAUUCACAGUAACUACACGGUUACAAAUUGAAAUUUUCUUUGCCAGAGUAAUGCACUAUUUUUGAGAAGUGUUAUUUUCAUACAUUUUAAAAGCACACCAAAUUGGUAAUUGCAAAAUGUUGCCAUGUUUUUGGCUCAGUCUCUACACAGUCACUGUAACCCUUCAUCUCGCUCUGAGUUUUAAUUACACCCCCCCCCACCCCCCACCCCCCCAUGGCCUGAGGACAACUGGCUUUGAGCCAGGGUGUGUGUGUGUGUGAGAGAGAGAUUUGAUACUCAGGUGUUUUAGUGGGCCCACGGUGGAGAACACUGUGUUUCGACGAUGAGCAAUCCAUAAAUUUUCAGGGUCUAAGUCACUUUUGUAGGUUAACUAACAAAGUGGAACAGCUCCUGUUCAUUGAGUUGACAUGUGGUAGCUUCAUAAAGAUAGCUGCGGUACUUGCUGAAUACUUGCUUCUUUCUUGGCAUCAUGUUUAUCAGGUGUUGUGACUUUAGUGUUCCCUGCUUCAAAGCAAUUUAUGAAUUAACUAAAGAACCUGACAGUCACAGCAAGCUCUGUCUCUGCUGUUUCCCUCUGCUGUCUUAUUCAGACAACUAAGGACACUUGAGAUAGAAUGCUAAUGAGGUCAUGGAUAAUUCCCAGUAUAUGUGAAAAUGUAGCGUCCUGGUUUUGGUGUGUUUUAUCAAUUGUUGUGCAAUAAUGCAAAAUGUCAGGAGACCACUGUUGGUAGCUACAGUAUGUAUGAUGUUAGAUUUUCUCACCUUUCUCUCCUGUAACUUUUCUAUUCUUCCUAUUUUCUGUCAUCUUUUGCCUGAGUAUGUAACGUGAGGACCAAAUAACCAGUGCAGACUCCCUCACAUCAAAGUUGUCGGCAGCUGGCUGUCACAGCCUCACAUGGUGUGGGUGAUUUUAAUUUUGAAAGUUUUCAUAUUACUGACAACAGUGGAGAAAAGGGAUUCACAACAAGUAACUUUUUCAACAAACUAGUGCUGUUCACCAUGUGUCAUUAAAAACCGAUAUUAAGGUUUGUGGCCAAAAACAGCACAGACACUGAGGUGAUGUUCUAAAAACCCAUGUCUGUUUCUUUUAAAUUGACAGGAGCAGGAAACACGUAAACUUGAAAAGUUUUUAAAACAAGCAUUUUCUGGUCUAAAGUUUGCUUGUACCAGGCAGGUUUUGAUACGCAACAUCAUAGAAUUAUGGGAACUCUACAAACCAAACCAAACCAAAUUUAACUGAAGGGUAGGUGAGCAGUUUCACACUGAUUCUUUUAACUCGUGGUGGUAUUUUCAGCUUUCAAUCUGCAAAACAGAAAAUUUUGCAGAUAAUGACUGCAAUAGAACAUUCCAUUUUUCAAGUCAUGAAAAUAUUUUCAUUGCACAGGUGGAAAGCAUUCAUUUUGUUUCAUAUAACAUCUAAAUACACUUGCAUACUCUAGGCAAAGUCCACGUGCUAUACAUGACUUCCUUGCGUCGUGGGUGGGUUUUUAUGUAAGGAUAGUGGAGUCGAUCAGUGAAGCCAAACAUAUGGAACCAAAAUGCAUACAGUGGGACAAAUAAUCAAUGCCGUGUGACACACAAUCCACCAAUCAAAUGACAAGGAUCUGUUUAGAUGUUCUCUAGUGUUACUGUUCACUACUCUUAAAACAGGAUAAAAGUAAGCUUUCCUUUCAUAAGUUACUUCAUAUUAAAGUAUUACAUACUGUUAGCAGUACCCACCCACCCAUACACACACACACAUCUGUACAUGCUCCAUCAAAACCACUACGUUGGCUGUCAGAAAUCUAAUACAAAAAAAUGUAAAGAGUAGAGUAUAUUGAAGGGAAAGUACUGCCUUUUGUCUUGUUUUCUGGAUUGCCAGUUUGUAUUCCAAUGUAUGCUCAUUUGUAUAAUGUAAUAUUGUUUCCACUGGCUACCUCUCUGUAAAACUGAUAUUUUGCACCACAGACACAAGUUGACAAAUUAUCUAUACUUCAUCACAUUCCUUUUAAAAUAAAUGUUCCAUUUCUUCAUGGCUUCUCAAAAUGUGCAUGUUGAAGAGUGAAGCUUCUUUUUGUUGUACACCAAUGUGUUUUAUUACAAUGAAACAAAUUUUAGUUAAGACCAAAUUACAGAAAGUUGAAGUAAUUCCUUUAAGUCAUUUGUUUCAAGACAUUUGUUUGAGCCUCUGUUUUUUGUUUGUUUUUUUGUAAUUGUGGUGGACGAAAAUGAGCAUUAUUGUUUUAAAGUUUUGUGUUGAGUUUAUUAAAGGGGAAUGUUUUAGCUUUAAA